AUGGCGACUAGCAAAACAAAAUCGCCCAAAGAGUUAACUUCAUCGAACUCUAUCGAUCAAUCGACAAGUUCUAAUUUUGAGUCGUUCACGUGUUUAUGGCUCGAUCAAAGUGUCAACACAACACAAGAUAAUCUUGAAACUCAAAAAGAACUUCGUCAAGUCAUCAAUCAUCUUCGAACAUUCGAUGAUAUGGAUAAAUGUGAACAAUACAUUCGACAAAUUACUAAAGAAAAAGUCGUUCUUAUUGUAUCGGGAGCAUUGGGCCGAGAGCUAGUACCUCGACUUCACGAGCUGCCACAGUUUUCUGCAUGUUAUGUCUUUUGUCAAGAUCAGAAACGAAACGAAGAAUGGGCUAAUAAAUAUCACAAGGUAAAUGGCGUUUUCGUGAGUCGAUCGAAACUAGUUUCUCAAAUAUCCAAAGAUCAGCAAAGUCGUGCUAAACUAGAGGAGGGUGCUUCAAUAUCAAUCAUAACGGCCGGUUCUCAAUCCUUGGAAGCUCGGAAUGCUAUUUUCAUGUGGUUUCAACUGUUCAUCGAAGUACUUCUUCGUAUGCAUCAUAAAUCCAAUGAUCGAAAAGAACUUUUGGACAUAUGCAAAAAGAGUUACAGAGGUAAUCAGCAGGAGAUGGAAAUUAUUGAUGAAUUUGAAAAGAAUUACAAAGCUGAAAAUGCGGUUUGGUGGUAUACACGAGAAUCAUGUUUCUAUCGGAUGAUGAAUAAAGCAUUACGUGUUCAAGACUUUGAUAUGCUAUUUUCAUUUCGAUUCUUUAUUACUGAUAUAGCGAAACGAAUUAGAAAUGAACAUGAAAAGUUUAUUCGUACAAGUGACAAUCGAAAUAUAAUUCGUGUUUAUCGUGGUCAAAUGAUUGGAUGUGAUGAACUUGAAUUAAUGAAGAAGAGUAUUGGUGAAUUUCUUUCGAUGAAUUCGUUUUUAUCAACGAGUCGUAAUCGGUCGACUGCUCUCAAAUUUAUUCAAUGUACACCUAAGACUGAUGGUUUUCAACGAAUUCUUUUCGAAAUAUCAAUUGACCCUCGCUUACAAACGAAAGCUUUUGCUGACAUCGGCAAAAUAAGCUAUUUUCAAUAUGAAGAUGAAGUGUUGAUUAUGCUUGGUGCUUUAUUCCGUAUAGAAAAGGUGGAACAAAAUAAGAAGGAAGGAAUGUGGAUUGUUCAUGUGACGCUAGCAAGUGAAGAUGACUUUCAUUUGAAGGAAACAUUUUCAUACAUGAAAAGUACAAUUGGCGAGGAUACAGAUUUGGAUUCUCUUGGCAAAAUUUUAUUUGAGAUGGGUGAAUACAAGCAAGCGGGAAAAUGCUAUAAAAGAAUGCGCAACGAAGCUCAGCUGGCUAAUGGAAAUGCAGCAUUCGGUUUAGGUAAGGUGUAUAAUUUACGUAUGGAUGCCGAUGGAGGCCUCAAAUAUCUCGAAGAAGCAUUGUGUACACGGCAACAACUCUUGGGGCAAGAUCAUGCAGACGUUGGAGAGUGUUAUACCUGGAUCGGACGACUACAUUGGAGCGUUCGAGAAGAUUAUGAUGAAGCCUUGAUAAAUCUGAAAAAAGCAGUGAAAAUUCAAGAAGCAGUACUUCCACCUGAUUCUCUUGCGCUCGCUAACACGUAUCACAACCUAGGGACUACAUAUGAUUUAUUGGAAGAAUAUGAUUUAGGUGUAGCUUAUUAUACGAAGGCACUCAAAAUUCGAGAGAAACUGUUACCCAAUGAUCACCCAAGCAUUGCUAUGAGCUACAAUAACUUAGGGAAAAUGUAUCAAGAUAAAGGCAAUUAUACGAGAGCCUUACAAUACCUUGAAAAAUCAAUCGAAAUUAGGAGAAAAAUUUUACCACCUACUCAUGCAGAACUUAAAAGGACCGAAAAUAAUAUUCGUAAAUUAAAGGAUAAAAUGAAGCAUUAG